AUGUCUUCGAGGCCCUCACUCCAAAUUGACCAGUACCAAGUGGGCGUGAUCUGUGCGCUUCCUCACGAGAUGGCAGCAGCAAUGGCCAUCCUAGAUGAGCAUCAUGAGCAGGUGGCAGAUCAGGAUGAACUCGACAACAACAAUUACGUGUUGGGCAAAGUUCACGAACAUAACGUGGUCAUUGCCUCCUUGCCAGCAGGUGUGUACGGCACAGUCUCGGCAGCAAGGGUUGCUAGAGACAUGGUGAGGACAUUCACCGGCCUGCGCUUCGGACUAAUGCUGGGUAUUGGAGGAGGGGUCCCAACUCCGCAGAAAGAUAUUCGCCUGGGGGACGUUGUGAUCAGCCAGCCUGAACAAACCCAUGGUGGUGUUGUCCAGUAUGACUUAGGCAAGAACCUAGGUGACAACCACUUUGAACGGAAGGGCACCUUGACCACGCCGCCUACGAUGCUCCUGGCGGCCCUCUCCCGUCUACAGGCAGAACAUGAGUACGCUGACAGCAAAGUCCCAGAUCUCAUGGCUAAAAUUUAUCAGCAACGUCCCAAGUUAACAAAAAAUGGGUAUGCCUUUCCCGGGCGGGAAAAAGACAUUUUAUAUUGCUCUCGGUGUGGUGGCUCGAAUUCUUCCAACUUAUGCGGCUUGUGCGCGGAUGGAAAGAUCGCAAGACCGGCCCAUGAGGAUGCAAAUCCUGCAUUUUGGUACGGCGUUAUUGCGUCGGGAAAUGAGUUGAUCAGAAAUGCCGCCGCGAGAGAUAGACUGAGUGGCGAGCUGGGGGCGCUGUGCGUGGAAAUGGAGGCGGCUGGUUUGAUGAACGACUUCCCUUGCAUCGUCAUCCGAGGCAUCUGUGACUAUGCAGACUCGCACAAGAAUGAUGCAUGGCAGAGGUACGCGGCUCUGACGGCGGCCGCUUAUGCCAAAGAGCUUCUCACCUAUAUACAACCGAAGCAGAUCAGCCGUGAGAAGGCCAUUCGGGAAGUUGUUAAAUCUUUGGUCCACGAGGUGAAACAAGGAAAUGAGAAACAAGAACAGCGUUACCAGAGCCAACAAUCUCGCGAUUGUUGUCAAGCCUUCAAGACCAGCACAUACGAGCGAUUCAAGGACGUCAAUCCCAACCGAGUAGAAGGCACUUGCCAAUGGGUAUUGUCUCACCCUCAAUAUCGCCAGUGGGAUACAACCCCCCAUGAUGACCUGCUCUGGAUCUCAGCCGACCCUGGUUGUGGCAAGUCGGUGCUAGCCAAAUCACUCGUUGACAAUGAGCUUCGGACCACGGAAGACCGAACCGUUUGCUAUUUCUUCUUCAAGGAUAACGAGGAGCAGGAUAACUUAGGCACGGCUCUAUGUGCGCUCCUACAUCAAUUGUUUUCCCAUCAGCCUCACCUGAUUCAAUACGCCCUCCCGGCAUGGGAGAAGACUGGCCACCGUCUGGCGAAGGAGGUCCCGGAACUAUGGCGUAUACUGCUCGCAGCUGCAAUGGCCGACGUGGCUCGUGAUGUGAUAUGCGUUCUAGAUGCAUUGGACGAAUGCCGACCGUCCGAUUGGCAGUGGCUGAUCGACAUGCUGGCCAAAUUUCAUGAGAUGUCGCGCUCUCCAUCUGGGACACGGCGAGCACGAUUGAAGUUUCUCGUCACUAGUCGACCGUACGAUGACAUUGAAGCCAGGUUUCAGAGGACCUUGAACGACCUACCUACUAUUCGACUACGGGGUGAAGAGGAGAACGACCAAAUCCACCGGGAAAUUGACUUGGUUAUUCGAAAACGUGUAGAAGAACUCGCGAAAGAGGCCACCCUAGAAUAUCGAACCAAGGAAAGACUUGAAGUCAAGCUACGUCAGAUGGAGAACCGUACGUACUUGUGGCUCCAUCUCGCCAUUGAGGAUAUUCGUGAGACUCUACAACAUACUCUACGACCUGAACAAGCUUCAUUCGAGUCACUGCCAUCGAGUGUGGAAGACGCAUACGAGAAGAUUUUAAGCCGAGUGUCUAAGAAGAAGAGUAACAAGGAAAAGAGGAAAAUCCUCCAGAUCGUGGUCGGGGCACACCGCCCACUAACGAUUCAAGAGAUGGCUAUAGCUCUAGGAAUAGCCACGAGGACACACCCAAUUUCCCUACACGACUCUCGACUCGAUCCUGACCGCCUCAAAAACAACAUUCGCCACUGGUGCGGUCUCUUUGUCUUCAUCAAUCACGACCGAAUAUAUCUCAUUCACCAGACAGCCAAGGAGUUCUUGGUCUACUACGACGACGCCACAGUUCCGUCAUCUGGAUGGAAACAUUGUCUUGAUCCGCGAGGAGUUGAGAAAGAGAUGACUCGAAUAUGCGUCGAAUUUUUGUGCUUUGAGGACAUCAGGCCUAGAGCACAGUCCCUGGUACAGAAAUUGAUAAAGGGUUACCAUCAUGACAUCGACGAUGUUUCAAACAAGGACGAACCGGUCGAGACUCUUUUCGCCUAUUCAGCGGAGCACUGGCCCCGCCACGUCCAAGAUGCAGAUUUGUCAAAGAACGACUCGCUCUGGACUAGGAUCUCGCCCUUAUAUGAUGUCAAUGCUAGCGUUGAUGCUUUGUGGUUCUCAAUCUUUUGGCAUAUGAUAAAGAAAUCGAUAUGGCAAUUCCGAUCCCAAGGCCAGCCACGGAUGGAUUCGAUUCACCUAGCAGCAUUACUAGGACAUGGCCAGACAUUAGAAUUGACAUUACAAUCAAACAAGCACUUCGACCUCAACCAACCCGAUAGCUUAGGUCGCACAGCAUUGAUUUACGCAUGCGCGUUCGGUCACACGAAAAUAGUGCAGAUACUCCUCGACAACGGAGCGGAUGUCAACGCUCAGGGAGAGGAUGGCAUUUCACUACAGGCUGCGUCAGCUUACGGCCACGAGGAGAUCGUGCAGAUACUCGUCGACAACGGGGCGGAUGUCAACGCUCAAGGAGGAUACUUUAAAAAUGCACUACAGGCAGCGUCAGCUGAAGGCCACGAGAGGAUCGUGCAGAUACUCCUCGACAACGGAGCAGAGGUCAACGCUCAAGGAGAAGUAUUUGGAAAUGUAAUACUGGCAGCGUCAGAGGUUAACGCUCAAGGAGAAGUAUUUGGAAAUGCACUACGGGCAGCGUCAGCUAGAGGCCACGAGAAGAUCGUGCAGAUGUUACUGGACAACGGAGCAGAGGUCAACGCUCAAGGAGGAGAAUUUGGAAAUGCACUACAGGCAGCGUCAGCUGGGGGCCACGAGAAGAUCGUGCAGAUGCUCCGGGACAAAGGGGCUGUUUACCACUUGAGCGAGGAAGAGGAAGGUGUUGACGAGGAGGAUUAUGAUGACGAGCAAGGCAAUACUGACGAGGAAGAGGAAAGCAUUGACAAGGAAGAUCUCAAUGGCGAUGGGGGGACCAAAUAG